AUGGCUUGCCGCGGGCGGAGGCCGGAGCAUGGCGGACCCCCGGAGCUGUUUUACGACGAGAAUGAAGCCCGGAAAUACGUUCGCAACUCACGGAUGAUUGACAUCCAGACCAGGAUGGCUGAGCGAGCGCUGGAGCUCCUUGGCCUGCCUGAGGGGCAGCCCUCUUUCCUGCUGGAUGUUGGCUGUGGCUCAGGGCUGAGUGGGGAUUAUCUCUCAGAAGAGGGCCACUAUUGGGUGGGCAUCGACAUCAGCCCCGCCAUGCUGGACACGGCCUUGGACAGAGACACAGAGGGAGACCUGCUUCUUGGAGACAUGGGCCAGGGCAUCCCCUUCAAACCAGGUUCCUUUGAUGGUUGUAUCAGCAUUUCUGCUGUGCAGUGGCUCUGUAAUGCUAACAAGAAGUCCGACAACCCUGCCAAGCGCCUGUACUGCUUUUUCUCCUCUCUUUAUUCCAUUCUGGCCCGUGGCGCCCGCGCUGUCCUGCAGUUGUACCCAGAAAACUCGGAGCAGUUAGAGCUGAUCACGACCCAGGCCACGAAGGCUGGUUUCACUGGGGGCGUGGUGGUGGACUACCCCAACAGUGCCAAAGCAAAGAAGUUCUACCUCUGUUUGUUUUCUGGGCCUUCGAGCUUUCUACCAAAGGGGCUGAGUGACCAAAAAGACGGAGUCGAGGACAAGGAGUCCACGUUCACGAAAGAGAGGGAAGACUGGGCAUUUGAAAGAAGGGGGACUGGUGGCCUGACUCGAGAAAGCCGCUGCCGGGUCCCGUACAAGGUGGCGAGGAGAGGGGUGGUGAAGAAGAGCCGGGAGUGGGUGCUGGAAAAGAAAGAGCGGCGCAGGCGGCAGGGCAAGGAGGUCAGGCCUGACACUCAGUACACCGGGCGCAAGCGCAAGCCCCGUUUCUAG